AUGUCACAACCACGCGCACACUCAGUCGUGUGUAAACAUGUCGUUUCGCGAAAGACCCACACCAUGCUCGGCAGUCAAGAGCAGCCGGGCAUUAUUCCCAGAGCUGUCAAGGAGGUCUUCAAGCUGGUUGACGUUCAGGAAAAGGAGCAGGAUGGUUGGGAAUACUCAGUUGGGAUGUCUUACCUUGAGCUCUACAAUGAAAAGGUGCUGGACCUGUUGUCCCCAGGUUCCCAGGACCUGCCCAUCCGUGAAGACAAGGACAGAAACAUCCUCAUUCCCGGGCUAACGCGCACACCGCUUUUAUCCUUUACCGAUUUCGACACUCAUUUUAUCCCCGCGAGUCUAAACCGCACCACGGCCUCUACUAAACUCAACCAGCGUUCCAGCCGCAGUCACGCUAUCCUCCUCAUAAAGAGUUCACCAGAUUCAUCAGUUCUGGACAGACUUCUGGCCCUGGAGAAGAUGAUGAUGGGCUCGGCUGAAAGGGAGAGACUCAACUUGCUCAAAACUGUAGCACAGUCCCGUAAGGAAAUACAGAUGUUGAAGGAGAAACAGAAAGAGCUGGAGGACAAAGCAAACAUGCUUAACAAGCAGAAUGAAACUGUUGAAAAAGAGUCCAAAGAUGCACUUCUCUUUAAAACAGAUCUGCCCCCACUGCACAGAAAACCGUCUACAGCCGCCAAACCACGCAAACAGCAGGCGGUUGUCACACCGUUACAGGUUUCUCAGGUGCAGCCCUUGCAGCAGUGCGCUGUGGUGUGUAAACCCUCACAAUUCUUGGAUAAAAAGAAGAAACGUAUCCAAACUGAGGUGUGUGAGGGGAAGGAGAACGGAGGUGUGGAUCGUCCCUCUGCUGAUGACGUCAACUGGGAGUCCCAUCUGGAUUCGGCAUUACUAGAGCAGUCCAGGAAGAAGAUCCUGCAGACGCUGAACUCCGGCUCUCUGAAGGAUCUCAAGAGCCUGCAGCUGAUCGGAGACAAGAAAGCCAAACUGAUCAUGGGCUGGAGAGAGAUUCAUGGGGACUUCACAUGGUUGGAAGACCUGAAGAAAAUCGAAGGCAUUACAGCUAAACGUUUCUCCUCUUUCAUAAAGGCCAAUAUUCUCAGCAGUAUGGGAAAGUGAAGCGUACGAGCCACUGUGUCUGAAGAGGAGCGUUUGAACACUUGUGAUUUGUUUUUAAGAUGUUUUUACACAUUUUGAGUGUAACAUUUUGUACAGGGUUGUUUUUGUUUUUUUGUACAAGCUUCUGUGUAUACUUGACUGCUUUUUCCAUGUUUUCUAUCAUUUCGGCAUGCUAUUUUGCCUUUUUAGUAUUUAACUUUUUUUUUCUUUAAAUGAACUGAUCAUUAAUCGUGGCACCAAAUA